GGGCGGUGCUGGUGCCCGGGGAGACGCGGGGCUUGGCACAGCUCGGCUCGGCUCGGCACGGCUUGGCACGGCACGGCACGGCUCGGAACAGGCGGCAUGGCGCUGGGCUUCAACCUGUCGGCGCUGCCGCCGCUGCGGGAGUACGAGCUGGAGCGGAGCUUCGACGAGCGGGAGGCGCUGGGCUGGAUGCGGGACAACUGGCAGAAGUCCUUCUUCUUCGCUGCGGCUUAUGUGACGCUGAUCUUUGGAACCCAGCACUUCAUGAAGGAGCGCAGGGGCUACAAGCUGCGCGCGCCGCUGACCCUGUGGUCCCUUGGGCUGGCCUUGUUCAGUGCUGUAGGGACCCAUCGCUCCUGGAAGUACAUGGCCUCCAUCACGUCUUCCAUGGGAUUCAAGCAGUCGGUGUGUGAUCAGUCCUUCUACGUCCAUCACGUCUCCAAGCUUUGGGCCUACUUAUUUGCGCUGAGCAAAGUCCUGGAACUGGGUGACACUGUGUUCAUCGUUCUCCGGAAGCAGAAGCUCAUCUUCCUCCACUGGUACCACCACAUCACCACUCUCAUCUAUGCCUGGUACGCCUACAAAGAGAUGGUGCCUGGUGGUGGCUGGUUCACCGUCAUGAACUUCAGCGUCCACACGUUCAUGUACUCCUACUAUUCCCUGCGAGCUGCGGGCUUUCGGGUGCCCCGCUCCAUUGCCAUGACCAUCACCUUUUCACAGAUCCUGCAGAUGCUGAUAGCCAUAAUAGUGAAUGUCUUGCUUGUCUUUUGGAUGGACGAUAAGGUCUGCCCUGUCACCUGGUCAAAUGUUUCCUUUUCAUCCCUAAUGUACCUCAGUUACUUGGUGCUCUUCUGCAACUUCUUCUUCAAGGCUUACCUGAUGGGCACCCAGAAAUCAAAGGGGGAAUAAAACUGGGGAGGGAGGAAUUGGCUGGGGUAGAGGGAGGGAGAGGGAAGAAGGAACUUUUAAUUCCUGCCUGGAGCUCAGUCACCUGAUAAUGAUGGGGUGAUGAGGGUCACUCUGGAUGAAAGCCAUCAGAUGAACUUGAGCAGUGGCCUCCGGCCUGUCCUUCUUGCAGCAGUGACUCCCCAGAGGCGGGUGUGGGUUGUCGCAGGCUGGCAGUGUGAGGAGAGGGGUGCAGUUGGGGGCUGGAGACCCUCUUGCCCAUAGCUCACCAUGCCCUGGGCAGGUGGCAGAGCCUGAGUGGUUGCUCUUCAGCCCAGGUGCUCAUAGAGUUCAGAAUUUGUCACUGAAAAGCAACACCAGCCUCUGAGCUGAGCCCCAGUACUACUUGAGUUAAUGUCUUAUGUGACCUGCUGUAAAUGCUAAAUGCACUGACACAGGUUGAAACACCACCUCCUCUACAGCUGCAUCCAGAAGCACAUAAACGUUAGUGGCUGUCACCCUGAGGUUGGCUGGCUGCUGCCUGGGAGCUGAGCAGAGCCAGCCCUGGCUGGCCUGUGGAGUGAGGCACUGCCUGUGGUCCCAGCGAGGGACAGCCCUGGGGCUGGGAGACAGAAGGGUCCAAAAACUCCUCUCAGGAUGCAUCAAGAACUGUCGUCGUAAUGUGUAAAAAUGACUAAUAAAUGCUACUGUCUAUGGGUUUAUUAUCUGA